UUCUUUUAAAUUCCAGUGAGAACUUCUGAUUACAUUGUAUGUUAAGCUCACCUACUCCUUUGUCUAAUGAUGUGGAUGAUUGCUUGAAGUAGAAAUGGGGAAUGUUCAGCUGCAAGUGAAUGACUUCACACCAGUGCGACCUGAUGAGAGAAAAGAACUAAAGCUGACCAGAAAAAUCACUAGUAGUGAUUACCAGAAGCAUGUUGCAGGUGAGGAAUUAGAAGGAGCAUUGACUGAGUUACCUUGGGCUUUGGUUGACUCUAUUUCAUUAUUUGAACACAUGGAUGCUAGUUUCAAUCAUAUAUCCGCUAUACCACCAGAGAUACCUCUCCGUCUCCCUCAUCUCUCCUACCUCAAUAUGAGUCACAACCGUAUUACUCUUCUACCAGAUAGCUUCUCUCUUCUAUUUCAUCUCAAGACAUUGCUCAUCAAUCAUAAUGAACUUGAACAUCUCCCGGAUUCUUUCAUCCAUCUUGUAAAGCUUGAAAAGCUGGAUAUAUCUAGCAACAAACUCAAGUCUCUGCCAGAGAAUAUAGGAGGCAUGGAAUCACUACAUAAGUUGAAUGUCAUGGAUAAUUUGUUAACACUGUUGCCUUCAUCUCUUGGGAAGUCUAGCAUCAUGGAAGUUUUGUUGGCUUCUAAUAACAGAUGCACAUCUCCUCCUCAGAGUAUAUGCGAUGAAGGGACAGAGAAGACUUUGCAGUUUCUCAGGAAGCAGUCUGAAAAUGGAUACAUUCCGAAAAAGAGCAAUACAGGAAAUGUUUUCAAACGAUGUAGAGGUGACGUCUUGCAAUCACGUGUUGCCAACCCCCACUGUGCGCAGGCACAGUAUGCCCAAGAGCUGACAGAGACUACCAAUACAAAGAGCAGAAUUCGCACCCCCUUGAGACCGCCUCCAGGUGCUACUACUCUAGAAGCAGAUGAGCUUAUGGAUAAGGUAGUUGGUCUGUUGUAUGGUGCUGCUAUUGGUGAUGCUGUUGGUCUGUGUACAGCUUGGAUGACAGAAGAUGAAUGCAAGUUCCAUUAUGAUGAACAUACUCUUCAUCCAAAUCAGAAGAUAAGUGAUAAACACAGACUUCAAUGGGCCAAGGGAGAUUGGACUACUGCAUUUGAUCAAUUGGUUUUGACCUUAGACUCUAUACUCCAAUGGGCUGGUGUGGUAGAUGAAUUAGACUUUGCCAAACGACUUGUUCAUUGGUACAACCAUGGUUUUCCAGAGCUAGGUGAUACCAAAGGAUUUGAAGGAUUCAGUAAUACUGUGGCUAAGGUGAUAGCCAAUCCCUUGUUCUGUCAAGAACCCAGUGCCAUAGCAAGAGGAUUAUGGAAUAGGAAUUAUGAUGGUCAUGAUGCUGAUUCAUGCGAACAUCUAGCUGAUAAUUCUGCUGUAGUAAGAACGGCUAUCCUUGGAGUACCUCAUUUCUACAGGCUAGAUGAAGUUGAGGAGAAUGCUUUAAGGAUAUGUACAUCAACACACCAGGAUCCAAGAUGUCAGGCCAGCUGUGCAUUCUUGUCAUCACUCAUAGCAUUAAUUCUUCAGAAUGAUUGUAACUCUUCAUCAGAGGAGCUUUCUCUUGAUAAGAUUAUUACCAUGGCAAUUGAAGUUGGAAGAAAGCACCUAAUCCAUGAUGAACAUCAACAUAUGUUCAACAAAUACUGUUCUGUAUCAUGUGUUGACAGUUUGAGAUCUCUUGAUAAUAACAAGCCAAGUCACACGUUUAGACCAGUGGCCACUUGUAUAACAGCUCUUAAGAUGUCUAGGAAUACAAACUUCAGGUCAUUGAUAACACAGAUUGCAAUGCAAGGAGGUGAUAGUACCCAUAAUGCAUCUGUAGCUGGUGCUGUUUUAGGCUGUUGGUUUGGCUUCAAGAAUCUACCUCCUUCUUGGGUGAAGUGCUUCAAAAAGAGUUAUACCACAUGGCUUGAUGUUAAGAUCAAUGCUCUAUUAGACAUGAUGGGGCUUCCUUAAUUUUUUUCUUAGGUUGUCAGGAUAGUCAUUUCAGAUGUAAGAUAUGGCUGCAAGGGCUUACAGGGAUCACUAAUGGAAAGGUCAUUAGAGAAUAUGCAAUUUCAUAAAGUUAGUGAACUGAUUUUCUACUUUAGGACAUUUCAUUUGUUUAGAUUACAUCAGUUUUAUGAGGCUUUUAGAUCUUAUGCUUCAUACCAUAUAUUAAAAAAAUAAUAAAUCCUCAUUUAUAUGAAAAUGUGUUCAAAUGUGUCAAGACUUUUUCAAGAUUUUUGAAAUAUUUUAUGAAAUUAUUUCUUUCAUAGAGAAGAGAUGUUAUUUUUUUUUUACUUUUCUCUUCCAAUUUAUGUUCUAUUUAGUUUGUUUAUAUACUCAAAUGUUCAAGCUAUAUGUGAAGUUGGGUAUCAAGUGUAUGAAUUAAUUUACUUUCUUGAUGUGUACUUUUGAGAAUUUUAGCUAUUUUAUUGCCUAAAAUUUGUAAAGCACCAUGGCUGUCAUAUUAAUUACUCCAAAUAUCAUGGCCCAAGUUCAUUAUCAUUUGUUUGUGUGUAAAACUUUGCUCUUCAGUCAUAUCAUAUGCAGGUUAUUCAAUUUGCAUGUUAGUUAGGUAUUUUCUCAGUAAUGGAAAAUCAAAAGACUGAUAAAAAUAAAAAUAUUUGUAAAAAAAUGUGAAAAGAGAAUAUAUUGAAUUUCAAAUAUACUAUUAAGUAUUAUCUAAUUUAUUUUUAUAUUGGCAUUGACUAUACUCUUGUCUUUAAUCUUGCCUUUGAUCUUGUUUAUGCUUGAUUUAUUUGUCUUAUCUUUUAAAUGAACCCGUCAAUUGAUCAGGAAGAGGGAUCUGUACAGUUUGGACACCUCUGUCUUAUGAUGUAAGUUA